UCUCGCAGCUGGCUUAUCGGGCCUUGGUGCUGGAGAGCCAGGAACAAACAGGCUUCAAAGCCAAGGACUUGGCUGGCAGACAAGGGCCGGUCCUUCACCUCUGUCCCCUCUCCCUGCCGCACAUAUAAGACCCUGGUCCCAUCUGGGCGUCGAGGAGGGGAAGGCGCCUGCGGCAAGAUGGAUGUGGGCAGCAAAGAGGUCUUGAUGGAGAGCCCGCCGGACUACUCCGCAGCCCCCCAGGGCCGGUUCCGCAUCCCCUGCUGCCCUGUGCACCUCAAACGCCUCCUCAUCGUGGUCGUGGUGGUGGUCCUGGUUGUCGUGGUGAUUGUGGGGGCCCUGCUCAUGGGUCUUCACAUGAGCCAGAAACACACUGAGAUGGUCCUGGAGAUGAGCAUGGUGGGGUCAGAAGCCCAGCAGCGUCUGGCCCUGAGUGAGCGCGCCGGCACCACCGCCACCUUCUCCAUCGGCUCCACAGGCAUCGUGGUGUAUGACUACCAGCGGCUUCUGAUUGCCUACAAGCCAGCCCCGGGAACCUGCUGCUACAUCAUGAAGAUGGCCCCAGAGAGCAUCCCCAGCCUCGAGGCUCUCGCCAGGAAGCUCCAGAACCUCCAGGUCAAGCCGGCAGUGCCCCGCUCGGAGCUGGGCCAGGCGGAGGGUCAUGACCCCGGCUCGGAGUCCUCCAGGAACCUGGACUUCCUGGGCCCCACCCUGAGCACCCUGUGUGGCGAGGUGCCCCUCUACUACAUCUAGGCCCCUCAGAGUCUGCGGACCCCCUAAAAGGGACAGGAAAGAUCCCUGAGCAAAGGGUCUUGGACAAACAGGCAGGAAGCUGCUCCUGCGACACCCUAGGGACCGCCCUGAAGUGAGGAGCUACAGGAGAGGUGGCUGCCAGGGGCCAGGGGACCUAGCACACAGAAUAAAGCAGCCCGAUUGA